CAAGAGCGGCGGAUUCCAUUCUGUCCUAUCAGCUUCGAGGCCGCCGAGCCGACCAACCAAUAAAAGCGGCGUGUGGGCGGGGCCUAGCCGCGCGCGGGGAAGAUGGCGGCCGGCGGCGUUAUGGCGAUCUAUGGGCGGCUGAAGGAACUGGGCUGCCCUGCACUAGAGGGUGUAUACCCUGUCAGAUGCUGAAGACAUACAAAAUUGCUAUCCGCCCUUCAUCUCUUCCGCUUGGACAUAUUGGAAUGGAUCUCUGUGUCAGUGUGUACCCACCUCUUCGAGAGCAGUUUUCAUCUUUCAAUAAGGAAUCACAAUCAGAUUUAAAGAUAAAAGGAAUGGCGAAGCUGGGGUACGACCUGAUGCUUUGUCGAGCUGACGAUUUGGACCUCAUCAAGGGAAAGGCCUCUGUUCAGAAGCAGCUCCAUUUCCUGCAGCAGCUGGUGGCUGUCAUUCCAGUUCAAGCUAACCUUACGCUCUCGGACUCUAAAUCAGACUCCAGUAGUUAUUCCAGCACAGGAGAAUAUUGCGAAGAAAUAGCUAGGAAGAACGAAGAAUACGUAAAGCAGGUUUUCACUAGCCCUGAUCUACAGAGAGUGCUGAAUCCAGAGUCCCCUCCCUGGAGCUCAGAGAUAAAGCAACUGCUUUUGGGCGAAGAACGAAAACAGAAAAGGGCCCUUCUGCCAAUGACUUCUCACGAGCAAACUCUCUUGGAGGCAUCAGAGGAGCUGGAGAAGACAGCAGCAGACUUGGAAAACCUAAAAGCACAGUGUUCUUUCCUCCAGGGGAAUCCCGCUGGUGUCGAUCCAUCUGACAACACCGCCACGGCUCUUCAGUCCCUCAAGCUGAUCGUUUCUGACUACAGCCAGCUGCUCACAGCCUUUGAACAAGUCUAUGAGAACGAGCUGCAGAAGCAUUGUGAGCGCCCUGCUCUUCAACUGAGCCCUUGCGACCACCUCUUCCAAACCGUGCACCACAAUCUGCUGCUGUGUUUGCAGGAGCUCCAAGGCCUGGCGCAGGUUACAGAAACCUCCGAAUGCAUUACGGCGACAGUGCAACAGAGACAUGAACAGAAAAUGUUCUGGAAGGAAAGCGCUCUAGCCACGUUACCCUCAAAGCUUGAAGAAUUGCAGCAGAAAUACAAAACCAUCCAUGCCACCCUUAAGGGCUGCCAGAGAUCCUAAA